UGAAGCUCGCGCUGCUCCGUCAAUGCGCACACGGCCGCGGGACCACACGCUCGCUCACCCGCUCUCUCUUCUCACGAGGAGGCACAUGCUGCUCGCGCCUUCCCGCUCCGAACCGCAGCGCGCAGAGUCGUCUCGCGUCCACCGUUCAGCCCGUUAACCGGCCCUUGAGCGCCGCUGCAUCGGCCCGAGCAUGUCGCUGGUGGAGGAGUACGCGGAGGGGGAGUACGAGAGAGCGCCGAAGAGGCUGAAGACGGCGACGGCGGCGGAGGAGGGAGAGGAGCUGGAGGAGGGCGAGGACUCGGACUCAGCAUCCGCGGGGCUGCUGGGAGACGAGGAGGAGGAGGAGGAGGCGCGGCGGCCCGGCGGCAAGAGCAGAGCCCGCUGGAGCGCGUCGAAAUACGGCUCUGGGAGGAAGGUGAGCGCCGCUGGCUGGAAGCGGGAUAAUGGGGAUGACACCCACCGGAUUGCCCCAUCCCCUGUGGUUCAUGUCCGGGGGCUGUGUGAGUCAGUGGUGGAGGCUGAUUUGGUGGAGUCUUUGGAGAAGUUUGGAAACAUCUGCUAUGUGAUGAUGAUGCCGUUUAAGAGGCAGGCCCUGGUGGAGUUUGAGGAUGUGGAAAGCGCUGACCGCUGUGUGGCCUGUGGCUCCAAAGAGGCCGUCUACAUUGCAGGACAGCAGGCCUAUUUCAACUACUCCACCAGCAAGCGGAUCACCCGGCCCACCAAUGCAGACGACCCCAACAGUGGAAACAAAGUGCUGCUGCUGUCCAUUCAGAACCCACUCUACCCAAUCACUACGGAUGUUUUAUACACAGUGUGUAACCCCAUCGGCAAUGUGCUGCGGAUCGUCAUCUUCAAGCGCAACGGAAUCCAGGCCAUGGUGGAGUUCGAAACGGUCCAGAACGCCCAGAAGGCCAAAGCGGCCCUCAACGGAGCCGACAUAUACGCCGGCUGCUGCACACUGAAAAUCGAAUACGCUCGGCCCUCACGCCUCAACGUCAUCAGAAACGACAACGACAGUUGGGACUACACCAAACCCUUUCUGGUCAGAAGAGAACGUGGUAAAGGCAGACAGAGGCAGGCCAUACUGGGGGAGCAUCCAUCCUCAUACAGCGACAACGGUUACGGGUCACACUGCCCCCUGCUGCCCCUGCCCAGCAAUAACCGGUUCAAGAGGAGCUCCCACGAGGUGCCCGACGUGGUGGCCUACCCUCUGCCCCAAACGUCCUCCUACAUCGGCCACUCCUCCAGCUCGGUUGCCAUGGUGAGCGGCCUGCACUCCACCAAGAUGAACUGCACCCGCAUCUUCAACCUCUUCUGUCUCUAUGGUAACAUUGAGAAGGUGAAAUUCAUGAAGAGUGUGCCAGGCACGGCUCUGGUGGAGAUGGGGGAUGAGUAUGCAGUUGACCGUGCCAUCACACACCUCAACAGCAUCAAGGUCUUCAGCAAGAGGCUCAAUGUAUGUGUCUCCAAGCAGCACGCAGUCAUCCCCAGCCAGGUGUUUGAGCUGGAGGACGGCACCAGCAGCUACAAAGACUUCGCCAUGACCCGCAACAACCGCUUCACCAGCGCCGGGCAGGCCUCCAAAAACAUCAUCCAGCCGCCCUCCUGCGUCCUGCACUUCUACAACGUCCCGCCCUGCAUCACCGAGGACGACCUGCUGAGGUUAUGCACGGAGCAUGAUGUGCCGGGAUUCAUCAAGUUUAAAAUGUUUGAUGCCAAACCAAGCUCCAAAACCAUCUCUGGGCUUCUGGAAUUUGACAGCAAGACCCACGCAGUGGAAGUGCUGACAGUUCUCAACCAUUACCAGAUCAGAAUACCCAAUGGCUCCAACCCGUACACCCUGAAGCUGUGCUUCUCCACCUCCUCCCACCUCUGAGAUGGAGAAGGGGAACACCCACUCCAGACCACUGCGCUGUUUACAUGGAACGAUGAAGAAGAAGAAAAGGCCACAGAACGCCAGACGAGAGAAGUAGAGGAGCGGAGGAGUGGAGGAAUAGAGGAGAGGGGGAUGAUAUAGACUGUCACAGCUCGUAGUGUGAGGACUCCAAGCGCAAAACACUCAAGAACCGUUUUUUCGUCUUUUUUCAGACUCUUACACAUUUUAUGUCAUCCUUUUCGACAGCUGAGUCUGGUAUAACCAGAAACUGACUGACAAAUCAUGAUAAAUGAGACGUGAUGAUGUCAUCGCAGCCAGUGGCACUGAUGCUGUGUUUCCCAGGGCAACCACAGAAAGAUGAAAUGAGACGAAUGUCUUUUUUUUUGGUCGGUUUUGGUCUCUAGCUUAUCACAUUUCUGUACUUCACAGAAUGUACAGACCGCAAACAUCUACAGCCUGUGAUUUAAUGUUCUGCUGAUAUUACUGAUUGAAAAAUUAGCUGGAUGAACCACUCGAUGAAUCUGAACUGAUGAACUGAACUGAACUGAUGGAAUGAGAGGCGUAUGAGGUGUAUGAGAUAUAUGUGUAGACCCUAAAAAGACAAAGAUAGAGGUGCCUGGGAAACGAGCGACCUGUUUAUAGGCUGUAAUUUAGAUUCUUCUAUGAUAUUUAUGUGUAUAGAUAGCGAGUGAGUCAUGAAGUCAUUUUGAGAAUUACUGGAGCACAUGGGGCCUGAUAUCAUAAACCAUAAGAAGAAGAAAAAACAGCAACAUGCUGUAACUUGCUUUAUGAUUGGUAAAGCUACUCAUCUUUAUUAGAUCUGGCCCCUGAUGCUUUAAUGAAUGAUUAAUAAUAAAUAAUGGUGGGAAUGAAGGAUUGGCUGCACAUCGCACUGUCGCUCCACAGCUAGACUUGACAGCUGAUGAAAGAUUUUAGAAUAUCUCCUGUCUGUCAGCGGGACGUCUACACGGUUUCAUGACGAGCACGUAGCAUUCUUUUUAAUGCACGCUGAGGCAUUCUCUGAGCGCGCUUGGCAGGCUUUAAACUGGGGCUGCACAAUAUGGAGAGAAUAGUAGUAAUGCAGUUAAUCACUCCUUGCUGUGGUAAGUGGUAAGAGUCAUCUUAAAUCUGAUCAGCCUGCAAAUACUUCUCAAAUAAAUUAAUUUGAAUAGUUUAUUAAUACUAUAACUGAAACUUAUUGAGGUUAUCGUUUACUUUCAUGUAUUGUAGUGAAAGGAUCAAUUGACAACUGGAACAACUGUUCUCAUUUCUAGUAAUUAUGCAGAUAAUUUAGUUUUUUCUAAAGAUAUUUUCUGCUAAUGAAAAAAUUUACUUAUGUACUUAUUACUAACGCAAUGGCUGCGUUAAGUUACAUAGUUUAUUAGUAGUAGUAUUCAAGUAUUCAAAUUCCAAUUCCAAUGAGAAAUAGAGUAAAGAGUAAAUAAUUACUGCAGUUAAUAUUAGCAUUGCAAUUAUAAUCUAACGUUAUAAGUUUUAAUGAAUCAUAAUGUUACAAAGUAGCAAUAAAAAUGAGUCACUCCAAUUAUUAAUACAAUACAAUCACCAUCACCCUAGUAAUUGAACAUGGUAAACAACUGGCCUGCUUUACUUUACUAAGCAAAAAUGGACUUUAUGGUGGACUUUAUGAUGAAUAUUAAGAUUACUUGAAACACCCACAAAAACAUCCAUCUGUAACUGAAGAAGGUACAUACAACAUAUACAGUAUUUUUCAAAUGAAUUGAUUUAAAUAAUUUAAUUCAAUAUUGUCACUAUUAAUCUUAUUUGAGAUAUUUUGUACUUGUUUUAAAUCUUCAUUUAAACAUGUUUUACUUUACUUGUUUUAUCUUUUUUAUUAAAAGGAUCCAUUGCGCUUAUUUUAAGGAAUUAUGCAGAUUAGUUUAGGAUUUUUUAAAAAUAAUUUACUUGACUAAAAGCUAACAAAACUGACAUGUUUUUUUAUUUUUUGCAUAAUUUUGCGAUAUCUUUAUUAUUCUGUAAAAUUGCAACUAUAACAAUAUGCUGUGCAGCCCUAUUCACACAUCGGCCUCAGAGAAGUGCUGAACUGCAAUAAUCCGGAUCCGGAAAGGCCUGGGGCUGAACUAAAAAAAGGAAGAAGUUGAUGUGUGAAAUCCUCACUUCAUGAUGUGUAGCUGUGGAGCACAGUGUGGGAGCAGGCAGUCAGGAGAGCAGGAGGAGCAGAGAGGAGCCGAGGAUCAUGUGUAUGGUAUUCUCUGUUUACUUGUCCAUGUGUGUAAUUGGCACUUCACCACAUCUGCAGUUCACUGUGAGCAUGUCCAGCCAUUAAACAUUUGCCAGUUGACAA